UUCCUCUGCAAGGACUUGACCAAAGCAUGUCGUAAGAAGCCACCUCCAAUCCCCUAGGAUAGAAAUCCAGGGGAACCAUUUGUUCCAAAAUCAUCAAAAGAAGCAGAAAUGGAAAAGCUGUUGAGAUCCAUGCAGGGCAUGCCAGGAGCACCUGGAAUGAAAAUGUAUUCAAGGGAAAAUCUGAUGAACCAAAACAUAGGUGAUGAAGAUGCAGACGAAGACGAUGAUGACAAGGAUGACUUCCCAAAGAACUUAGGUAAAGCUCUUAAUAAAGGAAAAGAAACCAAGAAGAUAGAUUGGAAGGAGAAUGUCAUCAAAAGAUUUCAAGAAGCAAACAGGACCGUGAAGAGACAUGCAAACACAGUCUCUUACAGGUUAAGGAGGAGGUGGAAAUCAAAGAAGGAAGAACUACAAAAGAGGUCGAAGUCCAGUGAGACUGAGCUGUAGUAGAGCCUGGCCAUCAAUGGUGCGAGAUUGAGAUAAAAGUGAACUGCGGGUGUAAUUAUUUCUACUACGUAUAUUUUAUGUUUUCUGCUUAACAUAAAAUAUAGUCUGAGCAUUUUUUGAACCUUUAUCCGGACCACUAUGCACAUUUCAAUGUUUUUCCUUCUAUCAAAUCACUUCAUUGUUCAGACAAUG